AUGCGUCUCGUCACUCGUUUUACUGCCGCAGCGGCGUAUUGCCUAUCACUAGCGGCGUCUCAAGCAGUGCCCAAGACGUACUUCGUCGAACUCUCAAAGGAUGCGAUAGCCGAUGGGUCAAGCGUCAGUCCCGAAACCCUGGUUGCAAAGGCUGCUGAGAUCUCGGUGCCUGUGAAGGUGCGGUUCGAAUUUCUCGACAAAAGCGUGUACUACGGCGUGUCGGUUUCACUCGAAGACGACAUUGAUGCCGAGAAACUCCGGUCUCUCCCAGGAGUUGAGAACGUCACACCGGUACAGCGAGUGGAACAUCCUCAUAGGCCCUUCGGCAACAAUUCACCGCAAGAUGGCGGUAAACUCGAGCUUGCGGCACGCGACUCGAGGCCAAGCAAGUUCCCGAAAAGAUCUGUCUUUCCCCGCGCCCCGGACUUUGACUGGAACAGCCCGCACGUUAUGACCGGCGUCGAUAAGGUCCAUGCAAAGGGCAUUCGGGGCGAAGGCAUGCGCAUCUCCGUCAUCGAUACGGGAAUCGACUGGAAACACCCUGCCCUUGGUGGCUGCUUCGGAAAGGGCUGCAAGGUCGAGUUUGGGUAUGACUUCGUCGGCGACGAAUACGGAGGAGACGGCGGCUUCAUCAUGAACCCAAGCCCAGACCCGAGGCCCGGUUGCUACGAGGGCUUCCACGGCACCCAUGUUUCCGGCAUUAUCGGCAUGGACGUGCCCUCGAACUCUUCGAUGUUUUCCGGGCUCGUUGGAGUUGCUCCGCAGGCGACCUUGGGCCACUACCGCGUCUUCGGCUGCUCUGGUUACGCAUCAGAUGAUGCUAUCAUCGCUGCUAUGCAAAGAUCCGUCGAAGAGGGUGCUGAUGUGGUCAGUAUCUCCAUCGGAGGAUUCGGCACGUGGUCCGGAUACCCGAACUCCCCCAUGUCCGCCGCGUCUGCUGCCCUGAAAGCCAAGGGAGUCGCCGUCAUCGCCGCCGGUGGAAACUCCGGCACUCUGGGCAUGUUCUCCAUGAACAUCCCCGGCGGGUCGGAUGAUGCUUUCGGUGUUGCGUCGGUGGAGAAUGCCAAGUUCCCGACCUAUCCGAUCCAAGACUCCAACGGUGCGGAGUUUCGGUAUGGAGCUCUUUAUCCCUUUCCGGAGGGAGAAUACCCGGUUGUCUGGGCCGGCAGAAACACAUCCAACUACAACUUCGGCUGCUCAGCGUCCGACUACCCUCCGGCCUCUAGCCUCUCGGAGCCUAUUUCCAACUACAUCCUCGCCGUGAAGAGGGGCUACUCCUGUUCGCCAACGCAGGUUCAGCAACAUGCUGUUGCAGCCAACUAUACAAGGGUCAUCACAUACCCGGAUAGUACUGUAGAUGACAUUUUUAUCGAAGGCCACGCUGCCCCGACACCAACUUUGACAGCCGAUGGAUCCGUCUUUCCCAUGGGCAGCAUUAUCGACAAGCAGUUCUCUAGCACAGCGAGCAACUCGGAAUCUUACAAGCUCCUCGUGUCAUCUCAGUCACCUCUGUUGGUGGACCAGCCUGGCGGAGGUUCCCCGAACAACUUCAGCAGCAUUGGCCCCAAUGCCGACUUCGCCUUCAAGCCCGAGAUAGCUGCUCCGGGUGGAAUGAUCCUGGCCACGUUCCCUCUCAUGGAGGACAGCGGCGGCUUCGGUAUUAUGAGUGGGACGUCCAUGGCGACCCCGUACAUGUCUGGUGUUUAUGCGCUUGUGAAAUCGCAAUUUCCUUCUCUGUCCGUGGACGAAAUCUUCGAACUCAUGCAGACGACGGCCACACAGAUCAAGAUGGCUAAUUUCGACGUGAUAUCGCCCACCAUUCAGCAAGGAGCUGGCCUUGUCCAGGCUUACGACGCAAUCUUUUCCAAGUCAAUCAUCAAGCCCGGAGAAUUCAAGAUCGUGGAUGCUUUGGAGUUUACUUUCACCAUCGACAACCCAUCCGAUAGCGAGGUUACCUACAGCCUCACAAACAACCCCGCCAGCGGUGCUGCUUCCUUCGUAGAAGGCCCGAGCCGGGCCUCCGAGGUUGCUUUCUUCCCCCAGUCGUUUUCGGCCGAGAUCAAGUUUACGGACGGCGAAGAGAUCACCAUCCCCGCCGGUGGAUCUCAGAACGUGACCUUUGACGUCGUUCUGCCAGCUGCGGUGGACGCCAGCUUAAUCCCGAUCUUCUCUGGUUAUAUCGGCGUCGCUUCAUCACUUAACGAGAGCUUCACCAUUCCGUACAUGGGACCUGCGUACAACUACAGCAGCUCUCCCGUCAUCGGGUUGAAACCUCUGACGGAAGAGCAACGGGCCAACGCUCUUAGCCCAGCCCGCGAUCCCCUCUCGGCUCCGCAGGUAUUCGGAAACAGCGACAAGGUCGACAUCGGAAACUACCGCUCGUUCAAGAACUUCCAGUACCCCGAUUACCCUGUUGCGUACUUCACGUCGCUGCAGCCGGUGCGUUACUUCCGUCUGGACGUUGUGUCUGCCAGCACCAACUUCACGCCCACCUGGUACGGUUUCGACCCGGACGUCAAGUUGGAUAACCUCACGGAGACGUCUAUGGUGUCAAAUGGGACUGUUGGUGGGCUCGCCAUUCUUGGUUCCGUGGAGGUUCAACAAGGAUGGCUCCCACGAACAAACUAUCAGGCCACUUGGUCCUACAGCAUCCUCGAUAUUACGGCCUCGAAAGGGCUGGGGCUGAAGAAGGGGUCUUAUCGGAUCCUACUCAGAUGGCUGAAGUUUUUCAAGGACGAAAAUGACCCGGACUCCUGGGAUAGCUGGAUGAGCGGCGUCAUUGAUGUCCUGGAGGAUGCCUUUGAGCCAACACCGCCUUAG